UCGUCCGAGUCCCGGGCUGCUCGCGGAUUUUGGUGGGGGAAAGGGGACAAUCACCAUCUCUCCUCGGGCGGAGAGCAGAAAACUUCACUUCCAGCCACAUGGGAGGGAGGCCCUGGGGGUUAAACGCCACCUGUGCUCCGGUGGAUCUGUUUGCCUUACACGGGAGCCAAAGCCCUAAACCUCCUUUCUCACACCUCGGGAUGAAGCACAGAUAGGUUUCUCUAAGCUCCAGGCUCAGAUCCCCAGAUCCCCUGCAGCUGCAUUCCCGUGCCUCAGGAGCAGGACACGGGACUGCUUUGGAAACAGGAGAUUGGGGCUGUGGUUACCCUUCACCUUUCUCCCUGGCACACAGGGACUGCAGGAAACUUCUGUUCAAAGGAAUAAAUGGGGAAAAAAAAGGAGAAAAGGCCUGGAUUGGGCAGAGCUGGAUGGCAGUGAGGCAGAUGAGCCUGGGCUCGGCACAGGGAAGUGUCUGGCUACCAGGGACGGCGCCUGCGCUCCCAGCCCCGGUCCAGCCAAGGCAAGGUCAUUUCUGGAACAUGCUGUGAAGGCAACGCGUUCCCCAGAGGGAAUUCCCGCGGCCAGGACUGGCAGGAGCGAGCGGAGCGCGUUCCUUUGGCUGGGAAUGCACCGCCCUGAGCUGCUGAGGGGAAAGCAGGAGGCAGAGCUCACCCCCAGCCACUGCUUCUCCCCAGCUCUGCCCCAGCAGACCCCGCAGCACCUCGAGCAGGACUCGCUCCCUGGGGCUGGACAGAGCACCCAGGCAAAGGUCACUUCUCCCUCAUGGGAGAGGAAAGGGAAGUCUGCACAACUCCCCAGGGAAAGGGCUGGAAGGAACCUCAGAGGCAGGGCACAGGGCACCCUCCGCUGCCCGAAGCAGCCAGCGGGCUGACGCACCCAGCGCAGUGGAUCUGUGGACCUUGGCGUGACAAAGGAACUUCCCUCUUCCCCAGCCUUGCUUGGAUUGAGAGUCCUCUCACUUCCCCUCCUCCUCCUCACAAUCCCAGCACUCAGGUGCCAGGCUGCAGGCACCAUCAGGGAGCCACUGUCCUGGUGGUGACACUCAUGACAUCCUUCCACCCUCAGCGUGGCUGUGAGGGCUGAACUCACUGCCAGGGCUGUGUAACACCUCCCCAGAGCACAUCCCACCCCGACCCUGCAGGACACAGCGCUGCUUCCAUCCACCAGCUCCCAGGAAAACUCUGUGCCAGGAGGCUGAGGGCAAAGUCAGGCCUGCCAUUACCCAUGGAGAUGACGGCCUCGUAGUUGCCCUUCAUGAUGUGCCUGUAGAGCUCCUUCUGCCACUCGUUGAGGCUCUUCCACUCCUCCUCAGAGAAGUUAAACGAGGCGUCGUUGAAGGCCACGGGGACCUGCAAGCAGCAGCACCACGGGGUUUGUUUCACAUUAAAGAAAACACCUGGGGAUGUUUUCUCAUUCAGUUUUCUCACUCAAACUCCUCAAGUGUUGUGCAGACAGGAACAUCUGCUCCUUCCCACGUGCCUCAUGCCUCAAGGGACACAACAGGGAUUUCCCCUGUCACCCGCCUGUCACCUCCCCCUGCUCGGCCUCCUCCUGUCACAGGCGAUGCCCCGUGCACAGUGCCUGGCACAGACUCCUUUUCACCUCCUUUUGACACAAUUCUGCUGCUCAUCACCUCUGAACAGCCCUGGGGAUGUUCCCAAGGCUUCCCAAUUACACAGGGCUGAGCCACCAAACUCCACGUGAUCCAAACACAGCAAUUUGUAACAUCCCUCCCAGAUCACACGUGCAUGACUAGGGCAUAACCAACACAGCGGGACCUGUGCUGGUCCUUCUGGGCACUGAAGGGAGGACAGGGCAGUGGGGGAGCCAUGAACAGCUCUCAGCACUGCAGCUGUCCCAAAAUGGGACUGUGAGUGCAGGGAUCAGGCUGUCACUGCAGGAGAUGGGGCUGUGAGUGCACAGGAGAUGGGGCUGUGAGUGCACAGAUCAGUCUGUCAGUGCAGGAGAUGGGGCUGUGAGUGCAGGGAUCAGUCUGUCAGUGCAGGAGAUGGGGCUGUGAGUGCGCAGAUCAGUCUGUCAGUGCAGGAGAUGGGGCUGUGAGUGCAGGGAUCAGUCUGUCAGUGCAGGAGAUGGGGCUGUGAGUGCGCAGGAGAUGGGGCUGUACAGGGCAUGGGGCUGUACAGGGCUCAGUAUAAGGGGCUGUGAGCACAGGGCACGGGGUUCUGAGCCCAGCAGACGUGUAGAACAGCCCCGUUUUGCAGCGGGGAGCAGCAAACCCAGACCGUUACCUUGGGGACUUCCCCUUUUGCCCCCGGGGGCAGCCGCAGGAUCCAGAAAUUCCUGUUCUUCAGCAGGUUUUCCAUGUUCUCCAGGCGCUUCUGCAGCUGCCCGUACUCCUGGAUGAGCGUGCCCAGCGCCGUCCACUUGCUCUCCAGCUGGUUCCCGAACUCCACCGCCGUCUUCUCGCAGCCGAUCAGCUUCGUCUCCGCCAUCCUCAUCCUGCCCUCCAGGUUCAUCAGCUGGGCGGCCUGGGUGUCCACCUUCCUGUCCACGGCCUGGAUCUCGGUCACCAGCGUCAGGGAGAUCUCGGCGGCCGGCAGCUCGGCCUCGCCGCCGGGGCCCUGCUCGGGGGCGGGCAGCGGCUGCUCCAGGCCCAGCUCCUGGGGCUCCAUCAUGCACUCCAGCUCCUGCGGGGGAACGCGCGGCGGUUACACCAUCACCAAACCCGACAUCCUGCCCGAGGUGGAGCGAGGGGACGAGGGGGUGGCGGCGGCAGCGGGGCGUUACGGGGAGCGCCAGAGCCCCCGGCCACAUGCGGCACCCGCCGGCCCCUCCCAGGGGGACUGGCAGGGGAAGGAGGUGAAGAGCGAGGACGGGGUGUCCCCACCGCCCCGCUCGCCCCCGUCCCGCCACGCCGGCCCCUCCGACUUCCUCGUCCCGCUGCGGGAAAGGGGCUGCAGCUACUGCGGCGUCCUCGAGCCGGAGCCGAAUCCCGGUGCCGGUAACGGGGCGUUCAUCGCCGCACCCCCCGCCUUCGAGAGCCGCCGCUGCCGGCCCGGGGAGCCGCCGCUGGAUUGUGCCGAGUGCGGCCGAGGCAUCGGGCAGAAGCCGGACCUGGUGCGGCACCGGCUGGGGCGCGGCACGGAGCUCGGCUACGCCUGCGGCCGCUGCGGGAGAGGCCUCGCCGAGCCGGCGGGGCUGGGGGCCGCGAGCAGCCCCCACCGCCCGGGCCCCUGCACCGGGCGCUCCCCGGGCACGGCGGAGGGAGCCACGGCGGCGCCGCGGAAGGAGCGGAAGGAGCUGUCGCUGACCGAGAAGGUGCGCGUGCUGGAGAUGCUGGAGGGCCCCAAGGUGUCGCAGAGCGAGCUGGCCAAGCGCUUCGGGGUGUCGCAGCCCCAGAUCUGCCGCAUCAUCAAGAACAAGGAGCGCAUUCUGAGCGAGUGGCACCGCAACGGCGACCCCGAGCGCAAGCGCAAGCGGGAGGGGAAGGACGCGGCGCUGGAGGCCGCGCUGCUGCGCUGGGUGGAGGGCGCCCACGCUGCCGACCUGCCCGUGGGCCGCCCGCUGCUGCAGCUCAGGGCCAGGCACCCGGCCCGGCCCGAUCCCGAGCCCAGCGGCGGCUGGCUGGCUCGCCUGGGCGCUCGCCACGGCCUCGCCGGCAAGAAGCCGCCGGCGGAGAAAGGGGACGCGGAGCAGCCCACGGCGGAGCACUGGGCCGGCGCGGUGCUGCCCGCUCUCCUCCGAAGCUACGCGCCCGCCGAGAUCUUCGCCUGCGGGGAGACCGCGGUGCCGCUGCCGGCCGGCGCCCCCGGCAAGGGCGAGAGCCCCGGCGAGCGGCUGACGCUGCUGCUGUGCGCCAACGCCAGCGGCUCGGAGAAGGUGCCGCUGCGGGCGGUGGGGGACAGCCCCCGGCCGCGCUGCCUGCGGGGCGUCAACCUGGAGCAGAUGCCGUGGAGCUACCGCGCCGGCGGCCCGGCCGGCCUGAGCGCCGCGCUCUUCACCGAGUGGCUGCGGGAGUUCAACGAGGGGAUGCGGCGGCGGGGCAAGAGCGUCCUCCUCCUCCUGGCCAAGCACGAGGCGCACCCCUACCUCCAGCUGUCCAACGUCAGGAUGGUCUUCGUCCCGCCGGCCGCCGCCCUGGCGCAUCCCCUGGACCGAGGCAUCGCCGGCGACCUCAAGGGCCACUACCGGCGCCGUUUGCUGCGGUGGCUGCCGGCGGAGCGCGGCGCGGGGCAGCCCAGCCUGCUGGAUGUGCUGCACAUGCUGGCGCAAGCCUGGGGCGACGUUCACCCGGGGCUCAUCGCCGGCUGCUUCCGCGCCGCCGGCUUCACUCCCUACGCCGGCACCGAGGCCGUGUCCCUGACCUCGGCCCCCGGCUUGCUCGGCCGGGAGCGGCCGGAGCGUGACGGGGACGCGGCGGAGGCGGACGGGGACGAGAGCAUGGCGGAGGGCGAGGACGCGGGCGAGCUGGCGGCCGUGCCGCCCUGCCCCUCGGAACGGGAGGUCUGGAGGAGCCUGGCCACGCUGCGGCGGUACCUGGAGUGCCAGGCCACCUCGCCGGAUCUCUUCCAGGCCUUCUACGAGCUGGAGGACGCGGUGCACAUGGUGUCAGCCGGCGCAGGGCGAGCCUUCCUCGGGGACAGCCCUCCCCAGCAGUGACCGGGCGGCCGCCUCUGCCCGUGAGAGGGGCCAGGGCUCGUCGAGGCCCGGCCUGGCCGCUGUUCCCCGCAGUUGUGCCGUGGGGUUUGCAGUGGCAGUGCUGGGGACACAAAGCUGCUGCCAGAACCUUCUCCCAGGGAGUGGCUGCUGCAGCCAGCAGGAAAGGAUGUGGAGCUGCUGCCAGCGGGGAUUUGCUCUGAGUGGGGUAGUUGACUGCCAUGGGGGUUUGUGGGUGGUGCUGGGGUGUCCCCGUGCUGGGGACAGCAGCUCCUUCCCACGGGGAAAUCCGGUGCCUCCAGCUGCUGCUGUCACCACGUGGUGCCUGGAGGAUUGUUACAGGCAUUAAAAAGCUGGAAUUCAGCAAA